CACUGGUUGUUGAUCCAAGGAGGGUUACUGGGAAAUUUUAAGCGAUACAAGACGCCAUAUUGCUCUCAGCUGGACUCGGGAGUUUGCGUGAAGGAAAUAAUAAUACCUAGCUACACCUAGGCGUUUCUGACAUUAUUCAUCUAAAAUGGACGAGAUGGCAAGCCCAGGGAAUGACCGAAUGAAGAGUUACAAGAACAAAGCGCUGAACCCACAGGAGAUGCGCCGGAGGAGAGAGGAGGAGGGGAUCCAACUUCGCAAACAGAAGAGAGAAGAGCAGCUGUUCAAGAGGAGGAAUGUGUGUGUGCCCUCGGGUGACGAGUCCAUGUUGGAAUGCCCUGUCCAGGACCCCGACAUCAGCUCCACUGCACCAGUCUCAGGUGAAGGUGUCAUAACUCCAGACAUGAUCCAGAUGAUCUUCUCUGAGGAUCCAGACCAGCAGCUGAUCGCCACACAGAAAUUCAGGAAGUUACUCUCCAAAGAGCCCAACCCUCCCAUCGAUGAGGUCAUUCUCACCCCAGGGGUCGUCAAUAAGUUUGUGGAGUUUCUCAAGAGGAGUGAGAACUGCACUCUUCAGUUUGAGGCAGCCUGGGCCCUGACCAACAUUGCCUCUGGGACCUUCCUGCACACCAAGGUGGUUAUUGAGAUGGGAGCCGUGCCCAUCUUCAUCGAGCUGCUCAACUCGGACUACGAGGACGUCCAGGAGCAGGCCGUGUGGGCCCUGGGGAACAUCGCCGGGGACAACGCAGAGUGCAGAGACUACGUUCUCAACUGUGGCAUCCUGCCCUCCCUACAACAACUGCUGGCUAAAUCCAACCGUCUCACCACAACUAGGAAUGCUGUAUGGGCUCUGUCUAACCUGUGUAGAGGGAAGAACCCCCCCCCUGACUUCACCAAGGUGUCUCCCUGUCUGAGUGUGCUGUCCAGGCUGCUGUUCAGUAGUGACCCAGAUGUGUUGGCUGAUGCCUGCUGGGCCCUCUCUUACCUGUCUGACGGACCCAAUGACAAGAUACAGACCGUCAUCGACUCUGGGGUCUGCCGCAGACUGGUGGAGCUACUCAUGCACAGUGACUAUAAGGUGGUCUCUCCCGCGCUGCGUGCUGUGGGAAACAUAGUGACAGGCGAUGACAUUCAGACUCAGGUGAUUCUGAACUGCUCGGCAUUGCCCUGCCUAUUACACCUGCUCAGUAGUCCCAAGGAGUCCAUCAAGAAGGAGGCCUGCUGGACUGUGUCUAACAUUACAGCUGGAAACAGAGCACAGAUCCAGACGGUGAUAGAUGCCAACAUCUUCCCAGUGCUGAUAGAGAUUCUUCAGAAGGCAGAGUUCCGCACCAGGAAGGAAGCAGCGUGGGCUAUAACCAACGCUACCUCUGGGGGCACUCCUGAGCAGAUCAGGUACCUGGUUAGUCUGAACACCAUCAAGCCCAUGUGUGACCUGUUGACAGUGAUGGACAGUAAGAUAGUGCAGGUGUCACUGAACGGCCUGGAGAACAUCCUGAGACUGGGAGAGCAGGAAGCCAAGCAGAACGGCACCGGCAUCAAUCCUUACUGUGCCCUCAUAGAGGAAGCCUAUGGUCUGGACAAGAUAGAGUUCCUGCAGAGCCAUGAGAAUCAGGAGAUCUACCAGAAGGCUUUUGACCUGAUCGAGCAUUACUUUGGUGUGGAGGAGGAGGACGCCAGCAUCGCCCCACAGGUGGACCAGAACCAAGGCCAGUUUAUCUUCCAGCAGCAAGACGGGCCCAUGGAGGGCUUCCAGCUCUAACCACACCUUGACCUUUGACCUUCACCCCUCUCCCUCUGAGUAUCUACUACUAUCACCCCAGAGAGUCCAGUCUCCAUAGGGCUGUUUUAGACCUGAACUGAUGACACUACCCCAUCUCUCCUUUCUCACUGGACCCACCUGCUCCACCUCUCUCUCCAAAUCUUCCUCCAUGCCACCCUAUCUGGAAAGAGCGAGCACGAGAGAGAGAGACUGACUGAAAGACUGACUGAGGACAGCUCAUUCUUAGUGUUUGAGACUUCCUGCAGCUGUAUGAAUAUGAAAGAAAGAGUUGGCUGAUAUUUUGUCUUACUCCCUAAAAUGUUUUUAUUUGAUCAUUUUCAUUAUCAUUAUUUCCUGUGAUAUUAUUAUAAUACAUUAUUAUUAUAACGACACUGGUGUCUCAAUCGUCCUCCAUAUCUCCUUUUUUAAAUGUGAAAUGACCUGUUCAGUCUUCAAAAUAAAACAAAAGAUAUGAACACAUGAAGCAUUUGACUGAAGAUGCUCUGGAUUUCACCAGAUAGUCCAAACUAGUUUCCUGAAGAGGUUUAGUGACUGUAUCAGCUCAUUUCCUCACUUGUACCCUUUGACCAGAGCUGAGAGAACAGUAGGCUACUGACAGCCUACUGUUUUCAUUGGGAGGAUGUACAUUGUGUGAAGAUGAUAAUGUGUGUAUCCCAGUGACAUAGUAUUUAAGUUGGAAAGCAACUGCACAUCUUUCUCUGGGGUCUCUAUUCAAUGUUGAAAUGGACUAUGGUUGACCUGGAGAUUCCUAAUCUUAUUUAUUCAGUUGAAAUGUCUUUCUGCUCAUUUGAGAGAAAGAUGGUCAACAACUGUCAUUAUCUUCUCCACUCCUUGGCCCUGGCUGCAAUAUUAACGUUAGAAUAACAUCAGGACACCAGCUGCAUCGAACUGACCGCAGUAAUGUAGAUGCAUUGUGUAGGGCAGCACUGCAUGUAACUUGCUGCAUUAGUCAAAGCGUUUAGCCAGUCUUAUGCUUAUCUAUAACAAUGUUACGGUAGGAUUGACACAACAUUAGGGUAACGUUGAGGAGUGUUCUGCUUGUGUGAGUGCUCCUUAUUGAAGCACCGCCUGCCAGCCACAGUACAGGACCAGACGGGUUAGGUUCAGUGACUAGCGUCUGUCGUGUGAUGCAGUGUCUGUAACAAUCUCCAGGUGAAUAAAAACACAGGCUCUCAGA